AGCACUGAAUAAAUUAUUUGAAACAUACGCUCAGCGUCCGCUGCGGGCGACGCGGGUACGGAAGAGAUGAGAGAGAAAGGGGCGGGAAGUUCGUUCCUAAACUUUCCCGCCCGACGGGACAGGGCGGGGAAUUUUGCGCCAGUCGCGCCUACGGAGCCAGCCCGGAGUUCUCGUCCCCGGCAGGGUUGGUCAGCGACGGGUCCCGGUUCCGCACACUCGUCUGCCCAGUKCCCCGAAGCCGAACCGAACCGGCGGCAGCGCUCGGAAGCGAGACCGGCCCAGGGCGGGAUCAGGAUGGCCAGACAGGAAAGUCCGCUGCUGAUUGACUUGAACACGAACUAUCCCGAUGUGGUGGUAGAUAUCGGGAAAAUAUGUUUAGGAAAGAAUUCCAGAAAGAAGAGUUCUAGCAUUCAGAAAAGCGAACGAAAUGUCCUUUCCAUAGCAGUGUAUGCGCUGCUGAAUUCAGGAGGAGGAAUAGUGAGGAUGGAGAGUGAGGACAGGAAUUACUGCUUCCAGGAGCAUGGCAUUGGUGAGGACAUAGAGAGGAGCCUCAGAGAUUGCGUCAGUGGCAACAAGACCUCUGAAUACUUCACGUGGAUGCAGAAGGGGAGUAACCUGCUGCUUUUUGUUAAAACAUGGAGCUGUGGAGGCCCAGAGCAGGGAAGUGCAGCCACAAAGCCACGUCUCUGCAGCUUGAGCACUGGUUUGUUUUAUAGGUCUGACACUUCAGUUUACCCUAUGACUUCCACAGAAGCUGUUGCAUUCCUGAGGAAGAAAAGCCGUGCCAAGUGCCACAAUGAGAAUGAGCUGAGCACCAAGAGAGCUAGGGUGACUUUCAGUGGGGAAGCAAAGGAGACUCCUCUGAAUAUACAGGAGCAUGAUAUCCAAGAUGCCGCUGCCAGGUUUAUGAAGAGGGACAAAGUKCUGGUAGGGGAGGUCCUGGGUUUCACAGAGACAAUGCAUAUUGAAUUUAAGGAAUACAGCACGAAGAAUAUCUUGGAAUACAUUAGAAGAUGCCUUCCUAAAUAUGUAUCUGCAUUUGCAAAUACUGAGGGAGGAUAUUUAUUUUUUGGYGUGGAUGAUGAUGGUAAAGUCACCGGAACCCACAGUAACGUGGAGAAAGAAGCCUUAGAACAAACAGUGGCUGAUGCCAUUGGCUCAACAUCUGUUCAUCACUUCUGUGGCUCUGGGGCUGGUGUGCAGUUCCAGACGCACAUCCUGGAUGUUUAUGACCRAGCAGGCUGUUCGCAGGGCUGUGUCUGUGCCGUGCGCAUUGAACCUUCCUGCUGCCCUGUGUUCAAUGGUGACCCUGAAUCCUGGAUGGUGACAGGUCACAAAAUUGAAAGACUGAGUAUCAGCAAAUGGAUGAAGCUCAUGACAGCUGCAGACCCAGAUCUAGCAGAUCUGGCUGACAAUUUUCGGACUCAGCUCAGCUUGGCAMAUGGCCCUCCUCUGAUCAAGCCAGUUUAUUGCAAAGCUGAUCUCCAGUGUGCAGCUGAACUCCAAGAAUGUCUCUACCCAGUGGGUUCUAAUGAAAUCAUAUGGAAGCCAGAAUCCAUCUGCACCGAUCUGUUCUCAGAGUAUCCCGGCUUAGAGGAUUUAUUGAAAAAACAACUCCAUGGACUUACCAGGGGCGUACUGAUACUUUCCAGGAGUUGGGCARUUGACAUUGGAUUGCAGAAAAACCAGGAUGUUGUUUGUGAUGCUCUCUUAGUAGCUGACAGUGAGUAUCCAGUGUUGUUUACUGUAGUCAGGGAUGCCUCUUGUGUCACRUCUGGAAACUGGAAAGAAACUGCUCGUGCCUUAAAGCAAAAAUUGGUCAAUGAUGGGGGAUAUACUUCAAGAGUGUGUGUGAUUUCCCAAAUCCUGCAGCUGAAUGACACGAAUGACCAGAUGGGAAUUGCAGAGAAUGAUGUUCCCUGGCAAGAAGCCCAGUCUGAUUCCACCAGCUUGUACCCAAAGAAUUACAUCCUCACCGCCAGGGAUAUCCCUGCCUUCCUGCGAGCACUUGUGAUUGUUGUGCUGUCCUUUAAGUCCUACUUGAGUGACAGUCUUGGCUGUGAGAUUUUCAACCUUCUCACUCUCAAACAAUAUGAACUGAUCUCCAACAACCUCCACAAAGUCAGGAAGCAGUUUGUCCUUGGUCUUCCUGGAACUGGGAAAACAAUUGUGGCUUUGAAGAUUAUUGAGAGAAUAAAAAACACAUUUUGCUGUUCUUCAAAGGAGGAGAUACUUUACAUCUGUGAAAAUCARCCCUUGAGGGAUUUUGUUGGCAAUGAGAUCUGCCAGGCUGUGACACGUGUUGCCUUCCUGAAGGACAACUUCCCACACGUGAAACACAUUGUGGUUGAUGAAGCUCAGAAUUUUCGUCGUGAUGAAGGAGACUGGUACAAACGUGCCUGGUCGAUAGUCAAGGAAAGAGAUGGUGUUUUCUGGGUCUUCCUGGAUUUCUUCCAGACCACCUACCCAUAUAAUUGUGGUCUUGACUUUUCCAAACUGUACCCUCAGGAAUGGAUGACCAAGGUGGUCCGUAAUGCCAAGCAUAUAUACKAUAACAUGCUUUCUCGAAUGUCGAAAAUCCUGCAAGAACGUAACAUAGUUGUGCCCUAUAAAGUGCUGGAAAGGUUGUUGAAUCAGGCAGAAUGUGCCCAUUCUUUGUCAGGUGACUACAUAGAAAAGGAAAAUAUGGAAGCAGAUGAAGUGGCAGAGUAUGUGACCAAGCACUGCAAGAGCUACAUUGAGCAAGGCUAUCGCCUCAAAGAUAUUGCAAUCCUGUGCAGCACAUGUCUCGCAGCUCAGCAGUUCAGACGGAUAUUGCAACCUCAGCUAGAAAGACAACUAAGCAAGGGCAGGGUGAGGAAGAUUGUGGGGCUAGCAGAGGAUGUUUUAAAAGACGUCAUUGUUCUUGACAGCAUCCGACGCUUCUCAGGCCUAGAAAGGAGGAUUGUGUUUGUCAUCCACCCUUACGCUCAACAAGAGCAGAUAGUUCCCAGUCUUUUGCUCUGCGCAGUAUCCAGAGCCAACACCAAGCUCCAUUUGCUGUAUUAGUGGAAAAGGUAUUUUUAAGAAGCCUGUGUUCAGACAAGGGCYCCUUGGGCUCUGCAUAUUGGAAUGUUUCAUUCAUUCAGUUAUACUAUAGAGCAGCCUUAGAGAAAUACAUCACAAUCAGAAACUGCAGUGGGUCCCCAAUAUUUCCUCAUUCUAACAGGACUCUUGAAGCCUUCAAGUCCCCCAGCUGUUGCAAGAGAGCAUUUGUGUUGACAGCCUGAUUCUUACUGUCAUGUCAAAUGUGACAUCAGCAGUGUGGCUCUUCAAACUCCAAUUGCGAAAACCCUGUUAAGAAUCUACCACCUAAUUACAUCUUUUCUUUCUGUCUCAGCUGCCAACUGUUGGUGAAGCUUUGCCAAUGYCUGUCUGUAACAUUGUGUCUAUAAUUGCUUACUCUGAUAUUUCAUAAAGCUGGGUAAAUAGUGACAUGGUAAUGUCAUAUUUGCCCAGGAUAAAAAAAAAAAAAMCCUAAACAAACUGGUGUUUUAUGUAGACUUCUGUACAAUUUUCUCAUCUUUCUGCUUUUCUAUAAUGAAAGGCUUUUGAUGAUCUUUGAGAUCGCUUGUAUUUGUGACUGCCAGCAGUCCUGAUCUGAGAAAGUGUUUUAGGUUACAUGGAAGGUGUAAACAAAAAGUAUGCAUUCUAUUACCAUCUCCAUAAGCUGUUAAAACCAGGUGGUGGAAUACUCUUUUUUUUUUAACGGGAGUCAGCCCUGAUAACAUCCUCCAGGGGGGCUCUCUCUGCUAAUGGGCCCUCAAGGACUCUGGGAAUGACUAGAAUUACAUCAUCCCAUUGUGAGAUGCCCCACCCAGAGAGGAGAAACUGGACAUCACUACCAGCAUAUAAGCUGAGGCUCUGGAACACUAAGACACAGAGGACAAGAGUUCGAGAACCACCACUGGACCUCCAGAGGUGGAGUCAACCUGUCAUCAGGAUCAUCACUUGGACAAGACCACAUCCAUUGCUCCAGUGGGGCUGCAGCCACCACUCCUCAACAGGUUGCAUUCUGACUUUGUCAAUUUAAGCUGGUAUUUCUGUAUUAUUGCCUCUAUUUYAUUUUUUCCUAUUAAAUUGUAGUUCUGA